AUGCGCGCUUUUAUUGUAAUAUGUUUUCUAGCCGCAGCAAAUGCUGCUCCACAGGGCUAUAACUAUCAACAGCAACAGAAUAACUUCCAAACUGGUCAGGGUUCAUUUUCACCACAAAAUAUAUUCCAAAAUCUCAAACAACAGCCAUCAUUUGGUUUUAAUGUGCAGCCUCAAGCUUAUCAACAAAUAGCAACACCCACAUUUGGUAUACCUCAAGUGAAGCCACAGCAACAGUAUCAGCAACAACAACAAGCUUUCCAGGCACCAGCGGCGCCAAUUGUCACAAAAGAUAUUUACGUCCAUGUGGCACCAGAAGAGCCAGAAGAUAAAUAUCGUCCAGCACCAGUACCAGUAGCUCCACCACGCAAACACUACCGCAUUGUCUUUAUUAAAGCGCCCACACCAAGUGUUAGCUCGGCAGCGUUACGUGUUAAACAAGCACCAACAGAGGAGAAAACUAUUAUUUAUGUGCUCACCAAAAAACCUGAUCCACUGGACCUACAGGCUGUCUUCCAGGAUGUUGCACCCAAACAACCCAGCAAGCCAGAAGUUUACUUUAUCAAAUACAAAACACAAGAGGAAGCACAGCACGCACAACGCACAAUACAAGCUCAAUACGAUCAACUUGGAGGCACGACACAAAUAUCUGAUGAAGGUGUUGCACCAGUCACAUCUGUUAUCGGUGCUUUAGAUCAACAACAAGGACCUAAUGUUGGGACUUCGCCUGGCGGCGGCUUUAUCGGCACCGAUGGUGGUAGUGUUGUUAGCACUUCUGGAAGUGCCAGUAAAUAUUUGCCACCCAUUGUUCGCAUCUAA